CAUGGCCAAACCCCGCACAUUCCUAGAUAUUCCGCCGAAAGCAAGGAAACUCAUCUAUGAAUAUGCUGGCCUAACGGGGCGAACCAUCGACCUCAACUACUCCAAUCUCGUUUUGUACCCGCAGAAUGAGUAUCCUGAUUCGUUGUGGUCACAGCGCAUUGGGUGCUUUCACCACUCCCAUCUUACCAUCAAGCGAUGCGAAGAUUACACGACGCUUGAGCCAUACUGGGAAUGUAAUCGGAAGAGAACCGACCUGAUUCCUAUCCACAACUACUUUUACCACUGCGAACACUAUGAUUGCGCUUCAUUUGAGGAUCCUCCGUAUUCCCUCUUAUUGGCAUCAAAAUCCAUAUUCACGGAAGUAUUCCAGACGAUUUAUGAGAGGAAUACCUUUCGGAUUUGUCGAAGUAGCCCGGAAGGUUUUUCCCCGCUUUUCAACGAGCUCGGACAUGCGGCUUUGCAGGAGCUUUCGAACUUAACUAUACGGCUUGAUGGAGAACCCCCAGAAACCAUAGUGCUCGGUGUUGAUUGGGCAAGGUUAGAGCAGCUGUUGCCAAUAAAGUUACACAGCCGUUACGGUAAAGCUGCGCUGAGUGAUUGGCAAAACCUAGUUCGACGGCUGUCUCGAUGUGUGCGACCGAACCGCCUCACUCUCCGUCUAAUAGCCAAGGCACCCGAUGUCAAAACAGCUGAAGCUCUUCUCGAGCCGCUCAACCAACUUCCAACCCUCAAAGAAUGUUGUAUAUGGCUAAACCAAGACCCCAUCGAGGGGUUCCUCGACCUUAUCCAGAAAACAGUCCAGCGUCUUACCACUCGCCCACCCAGCGAUCCAAAGAUGCCUUUUAGGUACCUAGACCUCCCUCAAGAGCUACGGUUUAGGAUACUAGAGUACACUGAUCUGGUGUCCGAUGCGGACGUCGAGUGGAAACCAUCUCUUUCCAAUGUGGACCCUAUUCCUGCCCUUGACUGCAGCUGUAUCGACGAGUUGGGGAGGGACACUUUCGAAUUGGUAGGCCAUCUCGAAGGUUGUACCACAAAGUAUCUUAACGACCCUUCUAAAUACCUAGGGAGCCCGGAAGAAGAUUUUUUCAAAGGAAUUCACUGCCGUUACGAUCCGAGAUGCUGCGAAAGAGCAUAUGAUGGAAUAUGCGACUGUCUGUUCAAUUGCGGCCACGCAGCAUAUUCUUCCUCCCACGGAAAGGUUGCACGCGUUCACCCGUUGUUCCUAGUCAGCCGCCAAGUCAAGGACGAUGCUCUCCCAAUUUUCUUUCAACAGAACCGUUUCGUAGUCUCACCGCUCGGAAUCGUUACACCGCGGUGGGCUAGCCCGGAUGGCUCACACAUAUACCGAAUCGUGAUUCCAAUGCCGAGGCUAGAACUCUCGCUAUUGCUUUCCUCACUGUCGCGCGACGCACUGCGUCAUCUCCGUUGGCUAGAAUGGGUGAUACCGCAAUUCGAAAAUUACCAGCAGGCGCCUAAGUCUGCAUGGCCUGACUACCUCGAUACAAUAGAUAUGAUGGUGCACGCGAUGCAUUUGCCCAAACUUACGCUAGUCUUGAAUCUAAGAGCCUCUCAGCACGAAUAUGACAGAACUAGGCCAUCUUGGCCAGUACGGUAUAAUAAAGAUGGCACCAUGUACGAUCGCAUCGUCGGCCCUCUUUGUCGCUUGAGAGGGUUGAAAGACUGCUUUAUUUACUUGAGGAGGGUGUAUAAAAAGGGGAGUGAGAACUUUUACCAUUCUGGGACAGAUGCAGAUUUUUAUGCUUUUGACAAUGAUGAGAUGAGAUAUGAGAAAUUGAUAAUGGGGCAAGAUUAUGACAGCGCGAAAAGAGGGAAGCCGUGGAUGGAGAGGUCUGAGCGCAAGGCAAACUGGUUGACUGCUCCAUUAAACUCGUAUUGUGACUUUGAGCAGUGGCAGUAUUGAAGAUAA